CAACAUCACCAAACCCCCACCGCGGCAGCCCGGCAGGCACCGACACGCUGUCUGCCGCUUACCUGGCUUUAUUAAUAACCCAAGCGGCUCACGUGGGCAGCCCGGCCCGGCCCAGCCCAGUCCAGCACAGUAUUCUGCUACACUAGCACCGGGGGGUUUUUUCUCCUCCUCCUCCUCCUCCUCCUCCUCCUCUCAUCAUCCGAGACGGGAGGGAUGCUGCCGCCGCUGCAGCUGCUGUGAGGGAGAAGAGCAGAGGCUAAUAUGAAGACAUCAUUUGGCAAACCAGACCCUGGAAAGCUCCUACGAUCUCUUCAACUCAUUUGAAACUGAAGACAACGCCAUGCAUUGUCUCCGGUAAAACCUGCUCCCCACCCUCCCCUCUUCCUACCUAGCCUUUGAGAGUGAGGACACCACGAGCCGUGCGAACAUGGGUCCAGAUCAACCCUGCGUGCAUUCACUAGAGCGAAGGCCCGUGUUGGGCGCUGCCUGCAAGCGACAGACCCACCGGUGUCUGCGGAAAAAGCUGAGGCCAGUACGGAUCUUAUGGUUCGUCUUCAGCCUGGUGGCCGUAAGUGCCGUCUCCUUCAGUGCCUUGACCUGGAGCUCAAGGGGCCUCAGUGAGCCAGUGCUCCCCCAAGAGAGACUCCACCAGUCGGCCCCCCACAGGACUCUGCUUUUCACCCCACCUCAGAAGGACCCGAAUGUGUCAGCCGACAUGCCAAUAGCCAUGAAAUCUACAGCAGAUGGCAACGAGAGCCACGGGGAGUACCCGAGAGACCUUUUCAGCCUGGAGGAGAGGCGCCAAGGAGCGGUGGUCCUGCACAUGUUCGGCAUGAUCUACAUGUUCAUUGCCUUAGCCAUCGUGUGUGACGAGUUCUUCGUCCCAGCGCUGACGGUCAUCACGGAGAAGCUGACCAUUUCGGAUGACGUAGCCGGCGCCACCUUCAUGGCGGCAGGCGGCUCAGCCCCGGAGCUCUUCACCUCCAUCAUCGGCGUCUUCAUCUCACACAGCAACGUGGGCAUCGGGACCAUCGUCGGCUCGGCCGUCUUCAACAUCCUCUUCGUGAUCGGGAUGUGCGCCAUCUUCUCCAAGGAGAUCCUCAACCUCACGUGGUGGCCGCUCUUCCGCGACGUCUCCUUCUACAUCCUGGAUCUGAUCCUGCUCAUUAUCUUCUUCCUGGAUAACAUCAUCUCCGUGUGGGAAAGUGCCACGCUGCUCUCAGGCUACGCCGCCUACGUGAUCUUCAUGAAGUUCAACAGUACAGUUGAGCACUUCGUCAAAGAUUGCAUGAGCAAGAACCAAGUGGUAGAAGUAGAAGUGCAGCCCAAGGAUGAGAAGGCGAGUCCUGGGGCGCCGGAGGAUGACGGCAAGUUGUCGGCUAGGCCUCGGCUCCAGAGGGGGGGUAGUUCUGCCUCCCUGCACAACAGCUUGAUGAGGAACAGCAUUUUCCAGCUGAUGAUUCACACGUUGGACCCUUUAAGUGAAGAAUUUGCUGACUCUGAGCUUGGGACUUAUGGGAAACUAAAAUAUUAUCACUCAAUGACUGAGGAAGGUAAAUUUCGAGAGAAGGCAUCCAUCCUUCACAAGAUCGCUAAAAAGAAAUGCCAAGUGGAGGACAGUGAGAAGGCCAAUGGAGUAGCAAGCCGCUCAGAUAAGAACCUUCCAAACAGCUCCAGCGUGGAAGUGGAAGUGACACCACCCAUGAACGGCACGGCGGGCCAAGAGGGGGAGACGGCUGAAGACGAGGAGGAGGAGGACCAGCCUCUGAGCCUGUCCUGGCCCGAGUCCAACCGCAAGAGAUUCACCUACCUCUUAAUCAUCCCCAUCGUUCUGCCCCUGUGGCUCACGCUGCCCGACGUCAGGAAAACGUCCUCAAAGAAGUUCUUCCCCAUCACCUUCCUGGGUGCCAUCUGCUGGAUCGCGUGUUUCUCCUACCUGAUGGUGUGGUGGGCUCACCAGGUUGGAGAGACCAUUGGGAUUACAGAGGAGAUUAUGGGCCUGACUAUAUUAGCAGCUGGAACCUCCAUCCCUGACCUCAUCACCAGUGUUAUUGUGGCACGCAAGGGGCUGGGUGAUAUGGCUGUAUCCAGCUCCGUGGGCUCCAACAUCUUCGACAUUACUGUUGGCCUGCCGUUCCCCUGGCUCAUGUGGUCCUUAUUCAGAGGCAUGCAACCGGUGCAAGUCAGCUCCAACGGCCUUUUCUGUGCCAUCGUGCUCCUCUUCCUCAUGCUCCUCUUCGUCAUCAUCUCCAUCGCCGCCUGCAAGUGGCGCAUGAGCAAGCUGCUGGGCUUCAUCAUGUUCCUGCUGUACUUCGUCUUCCUGGUGCUGAGCGUCAUGCUGGAGGACAAGGUCAUCUCCUGUCCGGUGUCCGUCUGAGGACCUUUCGAGGGCCUACUUCCUCUCCCUCGUCACUACCACAAUCACCGCCGACACAGCCAUCCUUAUGUCUGCCAUCGCUCUCACCGACCCUUGUGAUCCUUUACCCCAGGAAUAACCGAUGAAUAAGGAGGACUGGACCAGAGAGGAAUAUUAAAAAAAAUAUGGAAUCUCCUUAUAUUUUCAGUAAGCAGGUGGUGGCGGGGAGGGGUUACACCAACAAGGGAACAAAACUUUGGCUUGGCUGGUUUAGCGUAGGCCUAACCUGAGUGGAUUUUUAUUUAUUUUCAUGAUUUAAUUGGCAGGUGGGGAGGGGGUUGAGGGGGGUUGUACCAGCCAAAUAUAAAAAGCAUUAUGCAUGCCAUUAGUGUCACUAGAUGAGCUGGAGUCAAGACUGCACCUGGUAGGUUGAGGAGAACGACCUCCUGUGAACUUUGGAGGGAACGAUUCACCGUAUGAAACUCUCAGUAAUAAAUGCAGUGGCUGAGCUGAAAUUGUUUGAACACACACAUGCACACACACAUACACACACGUUCAAAAGACUGAGACUCCGUCGCCAAGAGUGAGUUUGAGGACGAGGAGAAUGGCCGACUGUGUGGAUGAAGAUUUUGUGUUUCCUGUCAGAAGGUACCGAGCGAACACAGACUCUCUGCUCCUGAGCAGCGAGCGAUGAAACGUCUCAGCCAGGCGGGCGAACUUCUUCUUUGUUACUUCUUAUUUGCAAAUUCAUCAUGUGCUCAGUCUGAGCGACGAGUUUAAAGCUUCCCCCCCUUCCCUGCCGGACGUCAUCUUCCAACACUGAAUUUCUCCUCAGAGGAUUUCUCUCUUUUUCUUUUUCUUUUUUUCUGGAUUCAUUUUCAUGAGAUAUAUAGACGUAGCAUUAGAUGUUCUGUAGCAGUAUUAGUUAACGUAGAGUCAUCUUGACAAUCUGCUCCUCUGUUUUUUUGUUUCUGUUUUUUGCCACUGAACGCCACGUUCUGAUUGUACAGAACUUUUCAUGCUUCACACGCACCGACUGACAAAAGCAAGAAAGGAAAAAAAAAAGCCUAACUGAAGUUUAGCCUCUCAAAAUAUAUGCUAGCCUUCGAUAUCUUUCACUGGUUGGAAAAAAAAAAAAAAAAAAAAAAAAAAAA